GUGUGAAAAGGAUUUUUUGAGGAUUUUAUGUGAUAAAAUUUUGACAAGAUGCCGAAGAUAUUUUUGAUUAAAAAUCGCUUGCAUCAGCAACAGUUGCGUUUGCUGGAAUCGCAGAAGUCAUCCGGAGAUGAACUGCUUGAUUGCAGGGAGCCAAUAUCCCUAGUCGCCAGGAAGAAAGAAGAUCGCGAUAUAUUUUCUGAAGACUCAAGUUCAGAACAACAAAGGCCUCCAUCACGACAUACUCCAUCGCCUAGUUCCUCUUCACCUGGUCCAGAUCGCAGCAUCCCUCCAGCCCGCAGAUUUAUUUCGUCGAUCUUGGGAGGUGAUAUACCUUAUGGAUCGCGUGGACAUGUCUUGACGCGUGCAGAGCGCAAAGAGUAUUUACCAAUUGGAAGACCACUGACGACAAGCGAAAGUAGCAAUAAAGAUAGUGCUGCAAAAUCAGAGAAAUCGGAUGAAGAGCGCGGGAGCCCUUCUCCAGGUGUAAUUAGCAAAACAGUGGAAGAGCGAUCAUCUCCACUUCCACCUCGUUGUCAUCAAGUAUCAGUAAUUCAGCGGACUCCAAAUUUAAUAAACUUGCAAGCAAGCAAGAAACAAUUAUCAGAUAAACGAAAAGAAGAUUCCGAGGUAAAAUUGCCCACGUCACUCAUGUUAUUACAACCUGAACAAGAGCAGCCCAUCGAUUACCAUAUUCCAAAACGUCGUGGUGAAACAGAAAACGAAGAAGAAGAGAAAAAAUUCAGAGACCAGCGUAGAUGCUCUUCCCACAAAAUUGCAAAUUUGGCCCCAAGACAAGCCGUGGCACCUAGAGGUAAGAUGCCAGCUAUAACAAGUUGUGCAGCAGGUCAUGGUAGAUCAAAUGGUGGUCAAAAUCAAAGCUCUGGCCAAAGUAAUACACAAGGUGGAGGUGGUUCGAUUAAUUUCUCCAGUGGGGGUGGCGCAAGUGGAGGAGGAGCUAUGGGCGGAAGUGCUGGUGGAUCUGGAAAUGGACGAGAUGGCCGGUCUAAUUAUGGACCUAACAGUCCACCGACUGGUAGUUUGCCGCCAUUUUACGAAACAUUAAAAGGUGGUAACAACGGAUCAAUGAAUUCUUAUAACGCAAAUGGUUUUGCUCAAAAUGGUUAUGGCCUGAUGGGAUCCAUGGAUUGUGAUGGACACCCCGAUUCCUCCGGAAGUGCAAACUCGAAUAAUUAUGGAAACGAUGGACAAAAGCAAUACUCAAUGCUUCAAAACGCUGCCUAUGGAAUAGCGUUGAAAGAUGAGGUAGAUUUAGACUAUGAAAGUAAGCUUGAUGCAUUAAGCCUCAAUUCUAAUUUGAUGCAAGGGUCUUAUAAUGGGUAUGACGUAAACGAUGCAAUGAUGGUGGAUAUGGCCACAGGAACCGUAGUGGAUCCAUUACAAUUCACCGCAACCUUAACUUUCUCCAGUCCUGCUGAACAUGCUUUAUUAGAUAGUCUGUCAGACGCCACGGACUUGAGCACAUAUUUGCAGCGUUUACCUAAUGGAGAUUCUUCUAACAAUGACAAUGAUGAUUUAAUCACAGACGAACUAGUUUCGACACCUUCCAUAACGCCUGAUUCUGUUAGCAUAACACCUGUUGAGUCUUCAUUAGAACCUUAUCCAGAACAUUUACUAUUAAAUCGUAAUUAUGACCGAAACUUUUUGCAUCAGCAAUAUCAUAGUAAAUUAUAUCAUCAUCAAGAUAACCACAAUAGUCCACCUCCACCUCCAAGCUACCAUAUGACAAGGGAACGUCAAGAGCUAGUUCUUCAACAGCAACUUAUGCAACAACACGCUGCUGAUACACAACAGCUACAGAUACAGGUUCAGCUACAACAACAACAACAAAAUAAUAAUGGUCAUCAUCAUCAAGGACAAGUACUGUCACCUGGUCUAUCAUUUUCUGGAAGUGGUCUGGAUCUGGACUCGCCUACUACGAUGUCCCUACCUUCACCUGGCGGCAAUAGCUCACUGGGAGAUAACUGUUCACAUCAGGAAACCAGCCUCAGCCCGGCCAGCGUGAGUACAACAACGUCCAGAAGAAAUUCGGCGACAAGUGCACCGGCCGAUAGCAAGCUGCACGUUUUGUCGCACCGGCUGGGAUUACCUGCUGAAGUGCAGUUAGAAUUCGUAAACGGCGGUCAUGGUAUCAAGAACCCACUCGCCACAGAACAAGGUCCUGGUGGAUCCAGGCACCAUAGUCAUCAUGGACAUGGGCACCGAGAUGAAGAUAAGAAGCCACAAGCAAUACUCUCUGAUGACGAUCCAACUAAAUUUGUAUGCAGAGUCUGUGCAAAGACCUUCACUCUGCAAAGAUUGCUAAAUAGGCACAUGAAGUGCCAUUCUGAUGUAAAAAGGUACUUGUGCACAUUCUGCGGAAAAGGAUUCAAUGAUACGUUCGAUUUGAAAAGACACACAAGGACGCAUACUGGUGUGAGACCUUACAAAUGUAAUCUAUGUGAGAAAUCCUUCACGCAGAGGUGUUCCUUGGAAUCCCAUUGCCUAAAAGUCCAUGGAGUACAGCAUCAAUACGCAUACAAGGAGAGGCGCACAAAGAUGUACGUCUGUGAAGAAUGUGGUCACACGACGAGUGAGCCCGAAGUGCACUAUUUACAUUUAAAAGACAAACACCCAUAUUCACCUGCGCUACUUAAAUUCUACGAUAAACGUCAUUUCAAAUUCACAAAUUCACAAUUUGCAAACAAUCUACUAGGUCAGUUUCCUAUGCCAGUUCAUAAUUAAACUGAGUUAUUGGACAUUUAUGAGCU